AUGAUUGGACCGAAGCACUCGCCCAAAUUCAACAAGUCCUUGACCAGUUCCAACCCAUCCCCACCACCAGUUCCCAAUUACCAACUGCAAUUGACCUACAAACCUCCGCUUCUAUCGUGUCACAACCUAAGCCUACAGACGCCAGUAACGGACCAUUGGGGACAAAGCGGAAACAUAAGAAAACAAAGACCAAGAAAUCCCCCGUCCCUGGCGAAACUUCAGCGCAGCCUCCACCGCAGCCUUCUCUCGGUCAGACUUUUGAAGACAAGACGGCCCUUCCACCUUGCAACUAUUCAUCCGACGGCAUGUGAAUCUCAUGGUAUUGAUGCAGACCUCAAGGGCCUCGUGGAUUAUGAUUCGGAAACCAUGCCACCAAGCAGUAUAAUCAUUCCCGAAAGUCCCAACAGCCACAAUCGAUUUCCUUCACCCAUACCCAUACCCCCUACCCUCUCACCAAACCUUUCAACCCUCCCUAUCAAAUUUGUAGACCAUGACCCCCAGGACGCCGAUGAAAGCUUCGACCUGGAUGCUUUGCUUCCACCCUUAACCAGUCCAAGGAAGCAAGAUGAGGCACCACCCCUAACCAGUCCAAGAAAGGAAGACAAGGAAACCACCGCUGAGGCCUCUGACACAGGCACACAGCCCCCAGAACGAUUAAAUAUCUGCGUCCAUACCCGAAGAACAAACCCUCUCGCGACGGUCAACCAGGCAGCACCCUUCGCCCUCACUAACCGGUUUGCGGCGAUCUGUCCGGUCGACACGCUCAGCCACCACAAAAAUGUGACCGACGUGUUCCACAAUGGCUGCACAAGCAUGUCCAAUCAGUGA